AGCAAGGCAGCAAUCACAAAGCGGAACGGCACCCUAGGGCAGCGGGAGCCCGCAGCGCACACCGUCGUGCCGCCGUCCGCCUGCCCCCCCAUCGCCCUGCGCCGGUGCUCCAGGCGCGUCUCGCCCGACUCAGCUACGCACUUCCGCUGGCCACCCGCGGCCUGUUGGGCGGCUCGACCUCGUUCCCGCCCUUACCCUCGUCGCAUCGGCCUCGCAGCCUCGAUCGAGGCCGACGACCUCCAGCGACCUACUGCCCAGGCCCAGGUAGAGCGCUAGGGGCCUCCAGUCAAACCCAUCCUUGCCGUUGCCGGCCGAUUUGGUUUCUUGCUUUAGAGAUGCAGGAGGUUUCUGAUCCACCAGAAACAGUAAGGAAAGCAGAAACAAAAAAUAUUACUUCCAUUGGGAAGGAUGUGAUUUUCGAGCAAGAUCCAUGCUCUUCAUAUCAGUUAUGGGGCAGUAUGAAAUUUGAAGAAGAUGGCCAUUUGCUGUCUCAGGCAAAGAGGGAUUUGUCACAUUUGGAUUAUAGAGCACAGUCUGCCGACACCAAAUAUGUUACUGAACUUGGGUCACAUGCAUGUUUGAAGGAUCCAUUGCCAAUGGGAAGAGAUUAUCAUAGGCAGAAGCUACAAUUUUCUACUUCAGACUGUUCUUUUGAGAAGGCUUCUGCAUUAGAAGCAGCAUCAAGUAGCCCAGAUGCAUUAGGGACAAUGAGAACCAAAAUCAAAUCCAGCACCCUCAGUGCAAGUCCAGAUUAUCUUUCGUCUUAUCCUACUGCUGCUCCUUGCAUGCGGAAGUGUCCAGGAGCAGUUGAACUUGAUCACGGUUUGGGUCAUUCAGAACAUUCCAACAGAAGAUCAGACCAAUUUACUUUAUUUUCAAGCCGUAAUGGUCGAUCUGUAGAAAAAUGCAAAGAGUUCUUGUUGAAACAGAUGGUUCAAUAUGCCAGAGGGUUCCACCAUGCAGAUGAGAUCAAUCAUGUUCCAUUUCAAUGGUGCUUUGAGGAUGAAGGUCCUUCAGUAUCAAGAGGCCUGCAGUAUGGCGAUGAGAUCCCUUCUUUAUCUAGGAAGAAGUAUAACGUGGCACCUUCACGCUCAAGUCAGUGGCACUAUGGUCCUCAAACCGCACUGUCCUCAAGGAGACCCGACUAUGGUGAUGAGAUCCCGUCACUCUCUCUUCACUAUGGUUACCGAGAUAGGACCCAUUUGCGUUCUGGUAAUUGGUGCCAUGAUGCUGAGGCACGUAUACCGUCAAGAUACCAGCAAGGUACUUCUCAUGGCAAUGGUCACUCAAGGAAUUGUUUUUCCAGGAUUAAUACCAACGAGCAAGCCAAAGUUAUCACAAGCAAACAUACCUUUGCAAAACCUAGGAUGAUUAACAGAAACUGUAGUGACCAACAUAGGAUCAAUAUGAAAGGUAAUCGCUGGAGAAAUUCUGAGGAUUUAAUGGACCAAGUUCGUGGGCCGAGGGCAAAUAAAUUGAACAAUGCUUCAGUAUCCUCCACUGUGAAAGAUAUCACAAGUCCAUUGAUCCGUAGAAAUCAGUAUAAUAGAUCAGAUUUUUCAGUUCAAUAUAAUCAGGCCAAGUUUUUUAUGAUAAAGUCAUAUAGUGAAGAUGACAUUCAUAAAGGUAUCAAAUACAACGUUUGGGCAAGUACACCAAAUGGGAACAAUAAGCUGGAUGCUGCAUACCAUGAAGCUCAAAAUUUAAUGGACAGUGGGGAAAGGUGCCCUGUCUUCCUAUUCUUCUCGGUUAACACCAGUGGACAGUUCGUAGGUUUGGCUGAAAUGUUAGGUCCUGUUGAUUUCAAGAAGACCAUGGAUUUUUGGGAAGAAGAUAAAUGGAGUGGCUUUUUCCCUAUAAAAUGGCAUAUUAUAAAGGAUAUUCCAAAUCGGUUGUUCAAACAUAUAAUUCUUGAAAACAAUGACAACAGGAUUGUUACUUUUAGCAGGGACACACAGGAGAUUGGGUUGCCGCAAGGUGUGCAAAUGUUGAAAAUUUUCAAGGAACAGCCUCAGGGAACAUCAAUUCUGGAUGAUUUUGAUUUUUAUGAAGAAAAGGCGAAUGCACGCCGCACCCAAAAGAGAGGAAAUUCAGAGUCGACAUAUGGAGCUCGAUUCUCUGAUGACUCGAAAUCUAUUGUAUGCACAUUUCUGUUUAGAGCUGUGAUGAAACAUGUUUUCAAGAAUAUUAUAAAGCACAGCUUUUGUUACCUGAUCUUUAUAAUUGAACUGGAUGCACCUCUGCGAAAAAUGUGCUUGCCGCCGCUUUUCACGUCCUUGUGUAGGAUUGCAUAGCAUCUGUGAAUAUGAGAAUAGGUGAUUUGCACACCCCUUUUCGUAGAAAAUUACGCCUCGUAUACAGCUGCUGGCAAUCUUAUCUGGAAUAAAGAAAAUAAGCAUGGAGGUUUAAAUUCUAUGGGGGAAUCAUGUGGUCCUGAAACCAGAGAGCUGGGUGCCAGGAAUCUGAACUCUGUUGUGUCUGUAUAUCCUGUGUGUGUAGCACCUACUCAAACAUUUUUUUUUGCUACAUGUCAUUUUCUGAUAUAUUCCUAAUUGGCAGGAAAAUUUGGAGGCAAACAUGGAGAGUUGGAGUUUGUUCGAGACUUUGGAGUAAUGCAAAUAUAGAUAUCUGCACAACUGAAAUAAAGAUCAAGAUGGGUCAGUGAACUAGUUGAAGGCACUGACGCUCCUUCAAAGUGUUUAUAUGGUUGCAAUUGAAACUGCUUAUAAUUGUUAUAUAGUGUUUACGUAGAAGCACGGAUGUGCUGGUAAAUACAGCCCCGGUGCAAUUUUAACACCAGACGUUUCCUGAAACAUGUUUACUUUGAUAUAUUAUAGAAUUCCACAGUUUUGUUGUUUU